AUGGCGACGUUGAUGAACAUGUCCAUUGAGAUCUGGCUUAUGAUUAUGGACUCCAUGGGCAGUAAGUACCUAGCCAGGCUCUCUCAGACAUGCAAAGACGCACAGGCAAUAGCUGAAGAGCGGCUCUACAGACAAUGCAACUUCAAAUGGCUUAUCUCAUGGACGUUGCAAACUCAGAUUCGCGUCAGUACCCUUGAAAAGCUGCUCCGAUAUCGAAAGGAACCAGGCGGACGAGAAUGUCUUAUUAAUGACAUUGUUGAUGGUAUUCCAGCACUGAUGGACGCUGCCCUGCGAGAAAAUGACUAUGCAGUCGAUCUGCUUUUGGAGAACGAUUUCGUUGUCACAAAGGAGACAAUUGUGACUCUCCUGUGUGAGGGUCGACAAUUCCUGAUUAUUGAGACAUUCGCCAUUGGAGCUCAGAAAGGCUAUGAUAUGCUCCUCAAAAUGAUGGCAGACUGUAUUCCCGACCAGGAAGACACCAAAGUCAAACACCCAGAUUAUUGGUAUGGACAUUUCUUGAUAGAGAUGAUAUCCCAGGCUGCCUCUUUGGAUCGUCCUGAAAUUACCAAGCCAUUAUUAUCGAUUUUACCGAGAAGCGAACGUCAGAUUCUACUCAAGUUGGCGCUGACCUUCGGAAUGAAGACAAAAUCGCUUGACUGCGAUCAGAAAGAAAAGGCUGUGAGAUCUCUGCUGGCGCAUGGAGCUGAUCCAUGUUCAGGCCAUUAUGAGGAACCUCUGGAAAUCGCAGCACGGGCUGGCUAUGAUAAAAUUGUGUCGAUGCUAUUACAAACAAGGAAAUUCAAUUGGCGCUCGGAAUCUCAUCGGAGGGCGUGGAGGAUUGCAAAGAAUAGGGGGCACCACACCGUUAUGAAAGCUUUACUGCCGGAACGUAGGGUCAGUGAACGACUGCUGUCCCGGUCAGGUUAG